CCACAGAUUUGGAAUUAUAUUUGCUUCACUCCCAUUUUCCACGGUUGGGUUUUGAUUUGUAUCCUCCUAUAAAAGUGGAGGGCAUUCAAAGAUCAGCUCCCAAAUUUAGAGGUUUCCUACUUCUUGCGCAAUGGCGUUGUCUUGCCGCCUAUACAUAUGUACCAACAUCCUGUCUAAAUCAAAGCAGCAGGUUGGUGUUCAUCCUACUCCUGGCUACCAGCCUUUUGAGUCUAAUAGGACAUCCGUCUACCAUUUCAAUCUUGUCAGGCUUUCCUGCCCCAUAACCUCUUUGCCAACACCCUCUAUGGGUCACUCUAGAGCUUCAUCUGUAAAGAGCUCUCUCAUAGAUCCUGAUGGUGGUGCUCUUGUCAAUCUGGUGGUGAGUGAGGGUGAGAGAAAGACCAAGAGGGAAGAGAUUGGUCUGCUGCCACAAGUAAGGCUCACUCCAAUCGAUAUUGAAUGGGUGCAUGUGCUUAGUGAAGGGUGGGAGCCCCUUAAAGGAUUCAUGAGGGAAGAUGAGUACCUGCAGAGUCUGCAUUUCAAUUGUUUGAGAAUGGAAGAUGGGAGUGUUGUCAACAUGUCCCUGCCCAUUGUUCUUGCAAUCGAUGACGAACAGAAGGAGAGGAUUGGCACCUCCACCGACGUCGGAUUGAUCGGCCCGCAAGGAGAUCCCGUCGGUAUCCUCCGGAGAAUUCAGAUAUAUAAGCACCACAAAGAAGAAAGGAUUGCGAGGACAUGGGGAACCACUGCGUCGGGAUUACCAUACGUUGAGAAGGUCAUCGCUCCGGCUGGGAAUUGGCUGAUUGGUGGUGACUUAGAAGUCUUGGAACCCAUCAAAUACAACGAUGGUCUUGAUCAUUACAGGCUUUCUCCACAAGAACUGAGAAAAGAGUUCGAUAAACGUGAGGCUGAUGCAGUCUUUGCAUUUCAAUUGAGGAAUCCAGUUCACAAUGGGCAUGCGCUUUUGAUGAAUGAUACGCGCAAGCGCCUCUUGGAUAUGGGCUACAAAAAUCCAAUUCUGCUGCUCCACCCUUUGGGUGGUUUCACAAAGGAGGAUGAUGUGCCACUUGACGUUCGGAUGGAGCAACACAGCAAGGUCCUAGAAGAUGGAGUACUUGAUCCUGAGACAACUGUCGUAGCUAUUUUUCCCUCACCUAUGCACUAUGCUGGCCCAACAGAAGUACAGUGGCAUGCGAAGGCAAGAAUUAAUGCGGGUGCUAAUUUUUACAUCGUAGGCCGUGAUCCUGCUGGUAUGGGUCAUCCCACAGAGAAACGAGAUCUCUAUGACCCUGACCAUGGAAAAAUGGUCCUAAGCAUGACUCCUGGGUUAGAAAAGCUCAACAUCUUGCCCUUCAAGGUAGCUGCGUAUGACAAAUCAAAGAAGAAGAUGGCCUUCUUCGAGCCUUCACGUGCUCAGGACUUCUUGUUUAUCUCGGGCACCAAGAUGCGUACAUAUGCUCGGAAUGGUGAGAAUCCACCAGACGGCUUUAUGUGCCCUGGCGGAUGGAAAGUUUUGGUUACUUACUAUGAAAGCCUACAAGCUGAAGACACAAACCAGGCACCUGCUGUUUUGUCCACCUAGGCAGCGCUUGAUUGGUGCUAGAGCAUUAUCAGACUACUCUGUGAUAUCUUUUAAAUUUUGUAAUUUAUAAUUUUGUAUGCGUAUGUCCAGAAGUUGGCUGAAGUCACAUUCUCCUGAGGAAAGAUUGGCAGGAAAGCAACUCCUGUCCUUUUGGGGACAUCACAAUAUUGGCUCUACGCAUAUGAUUUCUUUCUACAAGAUUCUUUUAGUAUAAUGAUGUCUAGUAGCAUGGAAAGCUUUGUGAUCAUUCUGGAGAGACAUGACUUAUCUAGUCACACUUGGAUUUCGCUUAGCUGAUGAUGCCUGUUUAUUGACUACGGUGUAUCUUCCCGAAUAUGCAAGGCAUGAUUUUCCUCCAUUCA